AUGACAACCUUCAACUCCAGUUCAGACAAGGCCUUCUUUUUAGUGGGCUUCUCAGAUUGGCCUCACCUGGAGCUUGUGUUUUUUGUCAUCAUUUCAAUUUGCUACUCCCUGACUAUCUUCGGCAACACAACCAUCAUUGCUCUUGCAAGACUGGACCUUCGACUGCAAACACCCAUGUACUUCUUCCUCUCCCACCUCUCCUUCCUGGACCUCUGCUACACCACCAGCACUGUGCCCCAGCUCCUGAUCAACCUUCAUGGACUUGACAGGACCAUCAGCUAUGGAAGGUGUGUGGCUCAGCUCCUUAUUUUUCUUGCUCUGGCUUCCACAGAGUGUCUGCUCUUGGGGGUCAUGGCCUUUGACCGCUACGCCGCCGUGUGCCAUCCACUGCACUACACCACCAUCAUGCACCCCCUUCUCUGUCAGGCAUUGGCCAUCUCCUCCUGGGUGGGGGGCCUUGUGAACUCUCUGAUUCAGACAGGUCUCAUGAUGGCCAUGCCUCUCUGCGGCCAUCGACUGAAUCACUUCUUCUGUGAGAUGCCCAUAUUCCUGAAGUUGGCCUGUGAGGAAACAAAAGGAACAGAGGCCAAGAUGUUUGUGGCUCGAACAAUAAUCUUAGUCUUCCCUGCAACACUCAUCCUGGGCUCCUAUGCUCACAUUGCCGGGGCAGUGCUGAAGGUCAAGUCAACAGCUGGGCGCAGAAAGGCUUUUGGAACUUGUGGAUCCCACAUGCUUGUGGUUUCUCUGUUUUAUGGCUCAGCCAUCUAUACUUACCUUCAACCCACUCACACAUAUUCAGAGAGUGAUGGAAAGUUUGUUGCCCUUUUUUAUACUAUCAUCACUCCCAUGCUCAACCCUCUGAUUUAUACCCUGAGGAACAAGGAUGUGAAGGGGGCUCUGUGGAAGGUGUUAGGAAAAGGCACAGACUCCGGGUAA